GCCAGCAUGUCUACUAGCAAAUAGUAUACAGUGGAUCAACACGAGGAGUGAUACGCUUUUUGUAUUAGUUUUAGGUUUUCCGCAUUGCAACAUAAAUGCACAGAUUGUAACAUUAUGGUGUCGUGAUGUAACUUACUGUUUCCGAUGUAGCCAUUUAAGCUUGAACUCUGCUAAAGAGGAGAUACAAAGGCGGAAGAGAGCACAGCUGCAGUGGACAUGGCUGAUACAACAGAGGAGAAAUCGUUUGUUUUUGAUGUGCUGUCAAAGCGCCGCCAACGACAAUUAUCAAGUGUUCGAAACAAGACCACGAUUCAGUAUGCUACACGGCCUGAUCUGCCAAAGCUGGCCUACAGGAAACUGAAAGGCAAGAGUCCUGGAGUGGUUUUCUUGCCUGGUUUUGCCUCAGUCAUGGGUGGACAGAAAGCGGAAGCAUUAGAGGAGUUCUGCAAGUCCUUAGGUCACUCAUACCUCAGGUUUGACUAUUCUGGCUGUGGCUCAUCUGAAGGGGAAAUGGGAAACUAUAACAUUGGUGCCUGGAAGAAGGAUGUGCUCUAUGUACUGGAUGAACUAGUAGAAGGGCCACAGAUUCUGGUGGGCUCCAGCAUGGGUGGGUGGCUGAUGUUGCUCGCCGCUCUUGCACGGCCAGAGAAGACGGCAGCUUUAGUGGGCAUCUCCACAGCUGCUGAUCACUUCGUCACAGCCUUCAACUCCCUACCAAUAGAGACAAAGAAGGAGAUCGAGGAACAGGGCUUUUGGAAGUUCCCUACUAAGCACACUGAAGAGGGUUUCUACACUCUGAGUGUGGACUUUCUGAAGGAGGCAGAGAACCACUGCAUACUCCAGAGCCCCAUCCCUGUUUCCUGCCCCGUUCGUCUGAUUCACGGCCUCAAGGACUCUGACGUUCCCUGGCACGUCUCCAUGCAGGUCGCAGAGCGGGUGCUCAGCAAUGACGUGGAUGUCAUCCUGCGCAAACAUGGGCAACAUCGCAUGUCAGAGAAAGAUGAUAUUAAGCUCAUGGUGUACACUAUUGAUGACCUUAUCGAUAAACUGACCACAUUAGGGUGAGAACGAGCGUGAGGACAAUGCGAAAGAUUGGAAUGGGGGAACCAGUGUGCAGGUAUCAGGGUUUUGGAGAAUAUGGUUUUGUGAAAGAAGCCAAAUGAAUUGAAUGAGAAAUCACCCAAAAUUCUAAUUUCUUUCCAGAGCCAUAUGACCUUCUUUCUUCCAUGGAACACCAUACAGCGACCAGGUGCUGCCAUGCUCGAAAUAGUCUAUUUGAGUCGUGUGCUGUAUUCCUUCUGUAAUAAUUUGAAGCUGUACAGCCAAAAUUUAAAGGAAUGGUUCACCCAAAAAUGAAAGUGUCCUCACCCUCAGACCAUCCAAGAUGUAGAUGAGUUUGUUUCUUCAUCAGAUUUGGAGAAAUGUAGCAUUGCGUCACUGUCUCACCAGUGGUUCCUCUGCAGUGAAUGGGUGCCGUCAGAAUGAGAGUCCAAACAGCUGAUCAAAACAUCACAGUAAUCCACAAGUAAUCCACACCACUCCAGUGUAUCAAUUAACAUCUUGUAAAGCCAAAAGCUUUGUUUUUGUAAGAAACAAAUCCAUCAUAUAAAUGUUUUUAAGGUCAAACCAUUGCUGCUGGACAAAAUAUGCAUCCUCUAUCCAUUAUAUUGCUUUCUUUAAUUUUUCAAAGUCAUCUCAUCUGAAUCAAGGGACAAAUCUGCACAGAUCAAGCACCAUGUACAAGCCAAAACAGUCUAGAACAAUUCUAAACAAAUUUGAUGUGGGAGACAACAGGAGAUGCAUUAUUAUGGAUUAUCUGCUCAUAUUUUAGCCUGAAGCAACAGUUUAAAGUUGAAACACCUUUAUGAUGGGUUUGUUUCUUACAAACACACAGCUUUUUAAGAUGUUAACUUAUGGACUGGAGUGGUGUGGAUUACUCGUGGAUUAUAGCAAUGUUUUUAUCAGCUGUUUGGACUCUCAUUCUGACGGCACCCAUUCACAUUCAUUGGUGAGCAAGUAAUGGAAUGCAAAAUUUCUCCAAAUCUGGUGAAGAAACAAACUCAUCUACAUCUUGGAUGGCCUGAGGGUGAGUACAUUUCAGCAAAUGUUAAUUUUUUUGGUGAACUACUCCUUUAAAUUGUUAUUCGCUGAAACUCUUGUCCUCUCCAGUGAGUCUCAUGCAAAUGCUUCAUAACCAAAUGCAACGUGCCAAGUUUGAUUAUGCAUGAGCAUUAAUGAGAUAUAAGAGCUAUGACAAUUUCAGUGAUUAUUUACUUUGGUAACACUUUACAUUAAGGUCUCAUUUGGUAACAUACAUUUUGUUAAUAUAUUAACAAGAACUAACAAUGAGCAAUGCAUUUUUUACAACAUUUAUUAAUCUUUGUUCAUUUUAGUUAAUAAACAAGUUGACAGUGCAGUACUGUUACAAAAACAAAAUCUGACCUUCAAAAUGUAUUGUUAAAUGUUGAGGUUAACAUUAAUUAAGAUUAAUAAAUGAUGCAGAAGUAUUGUUUGUUGUUAGUUCAUGUUAACUAAUGCAGCCAACUUAUGUUAACAAAUGAAACCUUAUUGUAACCUUAGUCACUUCAAUAUCAUCACAAAUCAAAAUGCUGAACCGUUGUAACAGCCACAAGAACUCCACAUCCAGUUUGCCUUGUUUUUUUUUUUUUCAUUAUUUCCUGUAACAUUUUAGUGUGAUCAUUGUUGUAAUGCUAUGUCAUGUAGGGCCUUGCAGAUUUUAUUGUGAGCUGCUUUCUCAGACCAAGACUGUAAGCAAUCAUGGACAAAGAAAAUGUUAUAUAGAAUUUACCAUAGAAGAACGGUAGACCAAAAUAAGGCCAAGAUAAGACACGUCACUUGGUGUAUUUGCGUCUUUUAUUUGGAUCUGUCUUUGUGUGUAUUUGAAAGAAAAAUCACUACAGGCAUUUUGACAUGCAAGAAUAGAGUGGCUAGUACACACUUCUCAUAUAACUAGGGAUUCAGCUAAUGGGACAGAGCAUAUUUAAGCAUUUUUAAGCAUUUCGCUUUGAGUUCCAUAUUUUGUGAUGAAAAAUUUACAGUCAGAACACUUCUGUGCUACACACUACAGGAUGAAGCACACAGUAUUGUUAUAUAAAGCCUUUUAUUUGGAAUGGGUGUGUAAUGUCAGGAGGGGUUUGAUUUCUUUGUUUUCAGCACCUGGUUUUGAUGCAGCCACAUAAUAAUAUGUCAGUGUCUACGUUUCAAGAUCCUAUUUUUUCUCUUGUUUAAUAUAUAUAUACAUAUACAAAAGAGCACUAUAUAUUUUUAUCUCUAUUUGAGUGGGGUUUUUUUUGUUUUUUUUCCAACUGUAAUUUAUGUGCUUGUCCUAGUUAUCCAUUGAUAUAGUCUGAUGGUAAUUUUUCUAGUUACAAAAGUUGUGUGUUCUUUUUACAUUUUAUUUUUGGAGCACAAAUGUUCCCAAAGUUUGAUUACCACAAGUAUUAUCACCUUUCUUUUUCUUUCAGCAUUGAAUGCUUUUUUAUUUAUCUCUUUCAUUUGUAGGGUUAAUUUUUGUUAGCUCAUAUUACAGAUUUUCAAAUGUUAUAAAGUUUAAAAUGUAUCACGUCAUGUUUUCAAAUAUGUAUAAACAUAGGUCUUUUUAUUAUUAAAAUGAAUAUUAAAAGACUGCA